AUGAGUUUUGAAGUUUCUAAUAUUAUUCAAAAGGCAAAAUUUUUAAGAUCAUUGGGAUGCUGUUCAGUGUGUUCUUUAAGGUUAAGUGGCAUUCCAAAUAAUGAUAAUUUUCAUUCUGCCAUAACUAAUUCUGAUACGAUAAAAAAUAUUUUUGGAGACUCAGAAUCUAAUCAAACGUCCGAAAUAUGCAUUAUAUGUUUGGGAAUCCUUCAAAAUGAAAUUCAGAAUUCAUCAGUAGAGAAGAUUUCACGAGAAAUAAAACUAAGUGGGUUCGACUCUGAAGUAUUCACAUGCACGUUAAAUAUACCCAUUUCUGUAAAGUUAAGAGAAAAAUCGAUUUCGACGUUUCUUAAUCAGAAAACGAAAGAAAGCCAUUGGAAUGGUCCUAAUAUUAAUAAAUAUAGUGUCAAAGAAAUUUGGAAAAUGUUAAUCUUGCCUAAAGUUGAAGAAAUGACUUCGAAACGACAAACUACCUCUCUUGCAUCUUCUCCUUUUUCUGUAAAUAUAUUUUUUAGUUAUUCCAAUGAUGAAAUCGAUUGCGAAAAUUUGUAAGUAAAAGA